AUGCUAUUCCAGGAAGGCCCCGACCCCCUCAUCGGUCUGCUCGCGCUGUUCUCCAGCACCGACGACGCGCGCAUCGACCCCACCUCCACCCCAAAAAGGCAGCCCUCGGACGACCACCACCGGACCGCCCAUCAUCGUCCCCUGGGCCGGGUGCAGAUCCGCCCCCUCGCGCUCGCGCGCUGGAACGACGACGCCGCCACGAUCGAUCCCAACGCCACGUACCCGCUUGCUCGCACUGGCAAAUGGCCAUCCGGGGGACGGGACUAA